UAUGUAUGUAUAUCUGACCCCCCUUCAAAACCCCCCCUCUCUCCAACUCUGACAAAUCCAAAUCACAUUCACCGCCGGUUACCGGUCGUCAUCCGUCGGUCACCGGCCAUUUCCGCACCACCAUCAACCACCACCCCCAUUUCCAUCCCAAUUUCAAAUGCUUUCAUAGAUCUCAAUCACCAGAUCCAACAAAAUCAAACCCAUUUUUCUACAAAUUAACACAAACCCACAAAAACCCAGAAUCAAAUUCCUUCAAAACCCAUAAAAAUCUCAUAAAGUUCAAAUCUUUAUCUUUUUUUUUUUAAAGAAAAUGUCAGCAAUAAAAGCUCAACAGCCCAUAACGACCCGGUUUUUUACAAUCGGGUUGGUGGCAUCAUGGUACUCAUCAAACAUAGGAGUGUUGUUAUUAAACAAAUAUUUGUUAAGUAAUUAUGGAUUUAAAUAUCCAAUAUUUUUAACAAUGUGUCAUAUGACAGCUUGUGCUUUAUUUAGUUAUAUAGCAAUAGCUUGGUUAAAAAUGGUGCCAAUGCAAAGUAUAAGAUCAAGAAUUCAGUUUUUUAAAAUAUGCGCUUUGAGUUUUAUAUUUUGUGGGUCUGUUGUUAGUGGUAAUAUUUCAUUAAGGUAUUUACCUGUUUCAUUUAAUCAAGCUAUUGGUGCUACUACUCCUUUUUUUACUGCGGUUUUCGCGUAUUUGAUGACUUUGAAGAAGGAGGCUUGGCUUGUUUAUCUUACCCUUGUUCCUGUUGUUACUGGUGUUGUUAUUGCUAGUGGGGGUGAGCCUAGUUUUCAUCUUUUCGGGUUUAUUAUGUGUGUUGGUGCUACUGCUGCAAGGGCACUCAAAACAGUGGUUCAAGGGAUAUUACUUUCUUCUGAAGGGGAAAAGCUGAACUCAAUGAAUCUCCUUCUGUACAUGGCUCCUAUUGCUGUUGUACUUCUGCUUCCUGCAACACUAUACAUGGAAGAGAAUGUGGUUGGCAUAACGAUUGCACUUGCUCGACAAGAUUUUAGGAUUGUUUGGUUGUUGCUUUUCAACUCUGCACUUGCAUAUUUCGUGAAUUUAACCAACUUUUUGGUCACAAAACACACCAGCGCUCUUACACUUCAGGUGCUUGGAAAUGCAAAGGGUGCAGUUGCAGUGGUUGUUUCAAUACUAAUCUUUAGAAAUCCAGUUUCUGUAACCGGGAUGGCUGGAUACACACUCACGGUGAUUGGAGUUAUUCUUUAUAGUGAAGCCAAAAAGCGUAGUAACAAAUGAGCAGACAUUAUACUAUAACUUAAUUAAUUGGGGCAGGCUAGGAUAUAUGGUUUUGCUGUUGGUCCUGCCUGUCUUCGUCAUGCCCUCUAAAUUCAUUUUGUUAUUUCUGCUUAGAGACCUUGGGGUUGAGGAUGGUGAAGCUUCUUCGCAUGUGUAACAAGAGAUAUGAAAAGUUAAAAAUAAGCCGGUAGUUUCAUGUGUUGAGGGCUCAUAGUAAAGGAUUGUAGAAUUAACCCCCUAAGAGAUAUAUGUUAUAUUAAACUUCUUAUAGAUUAUUUAUUCAAGACUACAGCUACAUUUUUCUAA